GAUUUUUUCCCCCUAAAGACUGAUUUUUUUUUUAUUUUUCCAAAGGAGCUUGCAAACAGGGAAAUUCAAACUGAAUGUCUCUGUGCUGUGGUUACUUAUAUAGCCAAGACCACAUUUCUCUUAGAAAAAGUGUUUGCUCUGUUCCUUCUUUUCCCUGCUCUCUCUUUUUCUUCCCUAUAAGCACAAAGGCUUUAAAAACUAAGAUCUAUAGUUCCUUUUGCCUCUUUUUUUUUUUUUGCGUUACCGUGACAGCAUGUAUCUCUGCUGCUGAAGAAUGAAGCAGGCAGGCUGGAGGUUUUUUAUGUUCAGUGCUUUUGGGACCACUAAAAAGAAGUCUGCAGAGAAAUACGUACAGCAGCUGUGCCAACUGAGUUUCUCAUGACUGUUAUCUGUCACUUACUCUGACUAAAAGGGUGAAAGAAUGAUGUGAUGGACGUGAAUAUGGGCCGCUGGUCAGGCUCACGGCUACCUCCGUCAUGCCUUGCCCUUCUGAUUGUCAAGUUCCUGGCCUUGGUUUGCCAGGUGGCUCAUGGGACUGCCCCGCUUGGCUUUCACUUCACACAUUCCACUUACAAUGCCACAGUAUACGAGAAUUCCGCAGCCAGGACCUAUGUCAACAGUCAGACGAGGAUGGGCAUUACCAUGGCUGACCUUUCCUGGGAUAUCAAGUACAAAAUAGUGUCUGGUGAUGAUGAGGGCUUUUUUAAAGCAGAGGAAGUCAUCAUUGCUGACUUCUGCUUCCUCAGAAUAAGGACUAAAGGGGGGAAUUCUGCGAUAUUGAACAGAGAAAUCCAGGACAACUAUUUAUUGAUGGUAAAAGGGUCUGUCAGAGGAGAGGACUUGGAAACAUGGACAAAAGUGAACAUUCAGGUUUUGGAUAUGAAUGACCUAAGACCUUUGUUUUCACCAACCACAUAUUCUGUCACAAUAGCAGAAAGCACUCCCUUAAGGACUAGCAUUGCACAGGUGACCGCAACAGAUGCGGAUAUUGGGUCCAAUGGUGAAUUUUAUUAUUACUUUAAAGGUAAAGUUGAUCUCUUCUCAGUUCAUCCUACAAGUGGUGUUAUCUCCUUAAGUGGCCGGUUAAAUUAUGAUGAGAAAAACAGAUACGACCUUGAGAUUCUGGCAGUGGACCGUGGGAUGAAGCUGUAUGGAAACAAUGGCGUAAGCAGCACUGCCAAGCUUUAUGUUCACAUUGAACGUAUAAAUGAACAUGCCCCCACAAUAAGUGUAGUAACUCACAUUCCCUUCCCAUCAGACAAGGAACCUACUUAUGCAGUUGUUAAUGUUGAUGAUCUAGAUGAAGGAGCCAAUGGAGAAAUAGAAUCUGUUUCUAUUGUUGCUGGAGAUCCUCUAGAACAAUUCUUUCUGACUAAAGAAGGCAAAUGGAUGAAUGAGUACAAAAUCAAGGAAAGAAAGCCUAUUGAUUGGGACAGCUUCCCUUAUGGUUACAACCUCACUCUCCAAGCUAAGGACAAAGGAUCUCCUCAGAAAUUUUCUGCGGUCAAACUGGUCCACAUUGCUAGUCCCAAGAAAGAAAGUAUUCCCCUGAAGUUUGAAAAGGAGGCAUAUGAUAUUUUCAUCAGUGAAUUUUCACCUCCUGGUGUGGUGGUUGCAGUAGUUAAGCUGAUCCCUGAGCCACAGGGUGUGGAAUACAGAAUAUCUCCAAGUGAGGAAGCUGAGUAUUUUAAAAUCAAUCCCAACACAGGCCUUAUUACUACUGCUCGUCCUUUGAAAAUCAUUGAGAAGGACCUCUAUGAAUUAGAAGUAUAUGCAAACAAAGGUGGUGAUUUAAAAGCACGGGUUACUGUCAGGUUAGAGGAUGCCAACGAUCACACUCCGGAGUUCCAGCAGCUCUCCUACAGCUCAUUUGUCAAUGAAAGUGUCCCAGUGGGGUCCAGCGUUUUGGCAGUGUCAGCAGUUGAUGAAGACAGGGGAGAGAACGGAUACAUCACAUACAGUAUUGCCAGUCUGAACUCACUGCCAUUUACAAUAAACCAGUUUACAGGUGUCAUCAGCACAUCUGAAGAACUGGAUUUUGAGUCCUCACCAGAAAGUUACAGGUUCAUUGUGAGAGCAUCUGACUGGGGUUCUCCCUAUCGCCACGAAAGUGAGGUGAAUGUCACCAUAUACAUAGGCAAUGUCAAUGACAACAAGCCCCUCUUUGAAAAAGUGGCCUGUCAGGGAGUGAUUUCAUCUGAUUUUCCUGUUGGUGGUCACAUCACUGCUGUUUCUGCAAUAGACAUAGAUGAGUUAGAGCUUGUGAAGUACAAAAUAAUCUCUGGAAAUGAACUUGGCCUUUUUUAUUUAAGUCCAGACUCUGGUGUCCUGCAACUUAAAAAAUCUCUUGUUAACUCUGGCAUAAAGAAUAGCAAUUUUGGCCUUAAGAUAACAGCAACUGAUGGAGAGAACUUUGCUGAUGCUAUGUUUGUUAAUAUUUCAGUAGUUCAUGGGAAAGUGUCUUCAAAGACCUUUAGCUGUAGAGAAACUAGAGUUGCUCAGAAGCUAGCAGAAAAAUUGCUCAAAAAGGCAAAAGCAAAUGUGAAGCUGAAUUUGGAAGAUGGUUUUCUUGAUUUUUAUUCGGUCAACAGGCAGGCACCUCAUUUCGACAAAUCCUUUCCUACUGAUGUGAAGGUUUCAGAAGAUCUGCCAGUUGGUGCCACCAUCCUCAGGAUAAAAGCCUAUGAUGCUGACUCAGGCUUUAAUGGAAGAGUACUUUAUACAAUUUCCGAUGGUAAUGUAGAUAGUUGUUUCAACAUUGACAUGGAGAUGGGGAUACUUAGUGUUCUCAUGCCCUUGGACCGUGAAAAAACCGAGCUCUAUCUCCUUAAUAUUACAAUUUAUGAUUUAGGUAAUCCACAGAAAUCUGCAUGGAGACUGCUGACUGUCACUGUGGAGGACGCUAAUGAUAACAAGCCUGUUUUUCUACAGGACAGUUACUCGGUUAAUAUUUUAGAAAGUACAAGUCUUGGUACAGAGAUUAUCCAGGUAGAAGCCAGAGAUAAAGACCUAGGAUCUAAUGGUGAAGUGACUUACUCAGUUCUGACAGACACCCAUCAAUUUGCUAUCAACAGUUCCACAGGAGUGGUGUAUGUUGCAGAUCAACUAGACCGGGAAGCAAAAGCGAACUACACACUGAAGAUUGAGGCUAGGGACAGAGCAGAGAGCGGCCAUCAGCAGUUUUCCGUUGUGCCUCUCAAGGUGUUUUUGGAUGACGUUAACGAUUGCUCUCCAGCCUUUAUCCCAUCCAGCUACAAUGUGAAGGUCCUUGAGGACUUGCCAGUUGGCACUGUCAUAGCUUGGUUGGAAACUCACGAUCCGGACCUGGGCUUGGGAGGCCAAGUCCGCUACUCACUGGUGAACGAUUACAACGGGCGGUUUGAGAUCGACAAGGCCAGCGGCGCCAUCCGCCUGAACAAGGAGCUCGACUACGAGAAGCAGCAGUUCUACAACCUGACUGUGCGUGCCAAGGACAAGGGGCGCCCAGUUUCUCUCUCUUCUCUUUCUUUCGUGGAAGUUGAAGUGGUGGAUGUUAACGAAAAUCUUUAUACCCCUUAUUUUCCUGACUUUGCUGUCAUUGGAUCUGUAAAGGAAAACUCCCGCAUUGGUACUAGUGUUUUGCAAGUUGUUGCUCGAGAUGAGGACUCUGGAAGAGAUGGGGAGAUCCAGUAUUCCAUCAGGGAUGGCAGUGGCCUGGGGAGAUUCAGCAUUGAUGAAGAAACUGGAGUUAUCUACACAGCAGAUGUUCUUGACCGGGAGACGACCAAAUCCUACUGGUUGACGGUGUAUGCCACUGAUCAUGGUGUUGUCCCCCUCUACACCACCAUCGAAGUCUACAUUGAAGUGGAGGACGUGAAUGACAAUGCCCCUCUCACCUCUGAGCCUAUCUAUUACCCAGUUGUCAUGGAAAACUCCCCAAAGGAUGUAUCUGUCAUUCAGAUCCAAGCCCAGGACCCUGACUCCAGCACUAAUGAAAAACUGACUUACCGGAUUACAAGUGGAAAUCCCCAGAACUUCUUUGUAAUCAAUCCCAAAACAGGUUUGAUUACCACAACAUCAAGAAAAUUGGAUCGGGAACAACAAGCAGAACAUUUUUUAGAGGUAACCGUCUCAGAUGGGGGCACAUCCCCCAAACAAUCCUCCGUUUGGGUGGUGGUGCAGGUUCUGGAUGAGAAUGACAACAAACCACAGUUUCCAGAGAAAGUCUAUCAGAUCAAGCUGCCAGAGAGGGACCGUAAGAAAAGAGGGGAGCCCAUCUACAGAGCUUUUGCUUUUGACAAAGACGAAGGCCCUAAUGCAGAGAUCUCGUACAGCAUUGUGGAUGGGAACGAUGAUGGGAAGUUUUUCAUUGAUCCCAAAACAGGGAUGGUUUCUUCCAGAAAGCAGUUCACAGCAGGGAGUUAUGACAUCUUAACGAUAAAAGCAGUGGACAAUGGCCGGCCCCAAAAAUCUUCCACUGCCCGUCUCCAUAUUGAGUGGAUAAAAAAGCCCGCGCCCUCGCCCGUGCCCCUGACUUUUGACGAGCCCUUUUACAACUUCACCGUCAUGGAGAGCGAUAAAGUGACCGAGAUUGUCGGGGUGGUGUCUGUGCAGCCCUCUAACAUCCCCCUCUGGUUCGAUAUCGUCGGUGGCAAGCAUGCUCGAGAGAUGUUCUAUAUUCUACAGACAGCUUGUGGGCAGAACUGUUCAACAGAAGGAGGGAAUUACGAUAGUUCUUUCGACGCGUAUAAGGGAGUGGGCACGAUUGUCAUUGCAAAGCCCUUGGAUGCAGAGCAGAGGUCAAUGUAUAAUAUGACUGUGGAGGUCACCGAUGGAACAAACAUUGCCACAACUCAGGUUCUUAUCAGAGUGUUGGAUAACAAUGAUAAUGGCCCAGAAUUCUCUCAGCCAAGUUAUGAUGUCACCAUUUCAGAGGACAUCCUCCCUGAUACUGAAAUUCUGCAAAUUGAAGCUAUAGACAGAGAUGAAAAGCAUAAGCUGAGCUACACAAUUCACAGCAGCAUCGACACAGUCAGCAUGAGGAAGUUCAGAAUUGAUCCCAACACCGGGGUCCUCUACACAGCUGAGAGAUUAGACCAUGAAGCUCAAGAUAAGCACAUCCUUAAUGUCAUGGUCCGAGAUCAAGAAUUCCCUUACAGAAGAAACUUGGCCAGAGUCAUCAUAAAUGUAGAAGACUCCAAUGACCACAGUCCCUACUUCACCAGCCCAUUGUAUGAAGCCUCAGUGUUUGAAUCAGCAGCAGUUGGAUCAGCAGUGUUGCAGGUCACAGCACUGGACAAAGACAAAGGAGAAAAUGCAGAGCUUAUCUAUACUAUUGAAGCAGGAAACACGGGAAACACAUUCAAGAUUGAACCAGUUUUAGGCAUCAUUACAUUACUCAAAGAGCCAGACUUAACCACAAUGGGACAGUUUGUUUUGUCAGUCAAAGUGACUGAUCAAGGUUCUCCAGCGCUGUCUGCAACAGCAAUUGUGCGGAUAUCUGUCACGAUGGCAGAUAACUCCCACCCUAAGUUCACUCUAAGAGAAUACCAAGCAGAGGUCAAUGAAAAUGUGGAUAUUGGUACUUCUGUCAUUUCUCUCUCUGCAAUCAGUCAGUCCACGUUAGUUUAUGAGGUUAAAGAUGGCAAUGUUGAUGGAGUCUUCACCAUAAACCCAUAUUCUGGAGUGAUCACCAGUCAAAAGGCCCUUGAUUAUGAACGUGCUUCCUCCUAUCAGCUCAUCGUACAGGCAACAAAUAUGGCAGGCAUGGCAUCAAAUGCCACUGUGAACAUUCAGAUUGUUGAUGAAAAUGACAACCCACCGGUUUUUCUCUUCUCUCAGUACUCGGGCAGCAUAAGCGAGGCUGCUCCUGUGAACAGCGUGGUCCGGAGUGCAAACAACAGUCCCCUCGUGAUACGUGCCACCGAUGCUGACAGCAACCAGAACGCUUUGCUUGUCUACCAGAUUGUGGAAUCAACUGCAAAAAAGUAUUUCACAGUAGAUUCCAGCACGGGUGCAAUCAGAACAAUUGCAAAUUUAGAUCAUGAAACGAUAGCCCACUUCCACUUCCAUGUUCAUGUUAGAGACAGUGGGAAUCCCCAGCUUACAGCAGAGAGCCCAGUUGAAGUGACCAUUGAGGUAACUGAUGUCAAUGACAACCCACCAGUUUUCAGCCAGGCCGUGUUUGAGACAGUCUUGCUCCUGCCCACGUAUAUUGGUGUUGAGGUUCUCAAAGUCAAAGCUUCAGACCCAGAUUCAGAGAUUCCUCCAGAACUAACAUUUAGUAUAAUUGAAGGCAAUAUGGAGCAUUUUUUAAUUGACUCAAGCACAGGGGUACUCACCAUUAAAAACAAUAGUCUCUCCAAAGACCAUUAUAUGCUAAUAGUAAGAGUAUCUGAUGGGAAAUUUUAUAGCACUGCUAUGGUGACAAUAAUGGUAAAAGAAGCUAUGGAUAGUGGACUCCAUUUCACACAAAAUUUUUAUUCCACUUCUAUAUCAGAAAACAGCACCAAUAUCACAAAGAUCGCUGUGGUGAAUGCUGUUGGCAACCGCCUCAAUGAGCCUUUGAAAUACAGCAUAUUAAACCCAGGGAACAAAUUCAAAAUCAAAUCCACCUCAGGAGUCAUUCAGACCACUGGCAUCCCCUUUGACCGAGAGGAACAGGAGCUGUAUGAGUUGGUGGUGGAAGCAAGCCGUGAGCUAGAUCACCUCCGUGUUGCUCGAGUCGUGGUGAGAGUUUACAUUGAGGACAUAAAUGACAAUGCCCCGGUGUUUGUAGGGCUUCCAUACUACGCUGCUGUGCAGGUCGAUGCUGAACCUGGUACCCUGAUAUAUCGAGUGACAGCUAUUGAUAAAGACAAGGGUGACAAUGGCGAGGUGUCAUAUCUGCUGAAGGAAGACUAUGGACAUUUUGAAAUUGAUAGAGGGUCUGGCAGCGUCACUUUAAAAGAAGCCUUCAAUUCUGAUUUGUCUAAUAUAGAGUACUUGGUUGUCAUUCUUGCCAAAGAUGGUGGUAACCCAUCAUUGUCUGCGUCAGUAGAGCUCCCCAUUACUAUUGUUAACAAAGCAAUGCCCGUGUUUGACAAGCCCUUCUAUACAGCUUCUGUGAAUGAAGAUGUAGAAAUGCACAUGCCAAUUUUAAGCAUAAAUGCAACCAGUCCAGAAGGCCAGGGUAUAAUUUAUAUAAUUGUUGAUGGAGAUCCCUACAACCAAUUUAAUAUCGACUUUGAUACUGGAGUUCUGAGUGUCAUCAGCCCACUGGACUAUGAAAUAAAUUCUCUUUUCAAGCUGAUGGUGCGAGCCAGUGAUGCUCUCACUGGCGCCCGUGCUGAGGUAACUGUGGACUUGAUUGUUAAUGAUGUUAAUGAUAAUCCUCCAGUUUUUGAUCAGUCAGCUUAUAAUGCUACUCUGUCUGAAGCUUCUUUGAUUGGGACUCCUGUGCUGCAGGUUGUUGCUACUGAUGCUGACUCUGACAAUAACAAGAUUGUACAGUAUCAGAUCGUCCAGGACACCUUUAACAGCACUGACUAUUUCCAUAUAGACAGCAGCAGUGGCCUAAUUCUGACAGCCCGAAUGCUGGAUCAUGAAGUCAUACAGCAGUGCAGCUUGAAAGUCAGAGCAACUGAUAAUGGGUUCCCACCUCUGAGCAGCGAGGUUCUUGUCAGUAUCUCAAUAACAGAUAUGAAUGACAACCCUCCAGUUUUUAACCAGUUAAUAUAUGAAUCAUACGUGAGCGAACUGGCACCUCGGGGUCAUUUUGUGACUUGUGUCCAAGCUUCUGAUGCUGACAGCUCUGACUUUGACAGACUGGAGUACAGCAUCCUGUCAGGAAAUGAUCGGACCAGUUUCGUUAUGGACAGCAAGAGCGGUGUUAUCACCCUUUCCAACCAUCGCAAGCAGAGGAUGGAGCCCAUGUACAGCCUGAACGUCUCUGUGUCAGACGGGCUGUUCACCAGCACGGCGCAGGUGCACAUUCAGAUCCUUGGGGCCAACCUCUACAGCCCUGUGUUUUCACAGAGCAUUUAUGUUGCAGAGGUUAGAGAAAACGCUGCUCCUGGAAUGAAGGUUAUCCAUGUGAAGGCAACAGAUGGGGAUUCAGGGGUAUAUGGCCAGAUCAGCUACUCCAUAAUAAAUGACUUCGCCAAGGACCGAUUUUUGAUUGAUGCAAAUGGGCAGAUUCUGACAACUGAGAGGUUAGACCGUGAGAACCCGCUGGAAAAUGAUAUAGAUAUAUUCUUGAGAGCCCUUGACGGAGGUGGCAGAACUACGUUUUGCACUGUGAGAGUGAUAGUAGUGGAUGAGAAUGACAAUGCUCCCAAAUUUAUGACAGUCGAAUACAGAGCAAGUGUCAAAGCAGAUGUUGGGAAAGGUUACUUGGUGACCCAAGUGCAAGCAGUAGAUCCAGAUGAUGGAGCCAAUUCCAGAAUUACCUAUUCUCUGUAUAGCGAAGCCUCUGUUUCAGUAGCUGAUCUGCUUGAAAUUGAUCCAGAUAAUGGAUGGAUGGUCACCAAGGGUAGCUUUAACCAACUGAAAAACACUGUUCUGUCAUUCUUUGUCAAAGCAGUUGAUGGUGGCAUUCCUGUAAAGCAUUCCCUCAUUCCUGUCUACAUCCAUGUUUUACCACCAGAAACCAUUUUGCCUUCUUUUUCUCAACCCCAGUAUUCUUUCACUGUGGCGGAAGACACCCUCAUAGGCAGUACUAUUGACAUUCUGCAUGUUUUGCCCAAUCAGGGUGCUUUGUAUAGCACAGUUAAUGGUGAGCUAUCUGAAAACAACAGAGAAGGGGUUUUCAUCAUAGAGAAGGACACAGGGCUCAUAAAAUUGGAUAAGAGACUUGACCACGAAAUAAAUCCCGCCUUUCACUUCAAAGUUGCGGCCACAAUUCAGCUAGACAAAGUAGACAUUGUGCUGACUGUGGAUGUGGAGGUGAAGGUGUUGGAUGUAAAUGACAACAAGCCUGUGUUUGAAGCAGCUAGCUAUGAUGCCGUAAUAAUGGAAGGGAUGCCUAUAGGAACAAAACUUAUGCAAGUCAAGGCGGUUGAUGCAGACUCGAGUGCGAAUGGGCAGGUCACGUACACGCUUGCGGUGGAAUCGGAGCUGCAGAAGAUCGCAGAAGCAUUCACCAUUGAUAGCAACAGUGGCUGGAUCAGUACACUGAAGGAUCUGGACCAUGAAAAGGAUUCUGCUUUCACCUUUGCAGUGGUGGCUUCAGAUCUGGGGGAAGCUUUGUCCUUGUCCUCAACCACCUUGGUCUCAGUUACUGUGACAGAUAUAAACGAUAAUGCACCUGUCUUUGAGCACGAGGUGUACAGAGGGUCGGUGAAGGAGAGUGACCCUCCAGGGGAAGUUGUGGCUGUUCUUAGCACCUGGGAUGAAGACACGUCUGAUGUCAAUCGGCAGGUUAGCUACCAUAUUACAGGAGGGAAUCCCAAAGGAAAGUUCGCUCUGGGACUGGUUCAGAACGAAUGGAAAGUUUAUGUUAAAAGGCCUCUGGAUCGGGAAGAGCAAGACAUUUAUUAUCUGAACAUCACUGCCACAGAUGGCCUCUUUGUGACCCAGGCUGCUGUGGAAGUGACUGUCACUGAUGUUAAUGACAACAGUCCUGUUUGUGAGCAGGUUGCAUACACAGCAUUGUUUCCUGAAGACAUUCCACCAAACAAAGUAAUUCUCAAAAUCAGCGCUAAAGAUGCUGACAUCGGGCCCAAUGGUGAAAUUCGCUAUUCUCUUUAUGGUUCGGGGAACAAUAAAUUUUUCUUAGAUCCAGAAAAUGGUGAGCUGAAAUCUUUGGCACCUCUGGACCGAGAGAAAAUCCCGGCAUACAACUUGGUUGCCCGAGCCACUGAUGGUGGUGGCAGGUUUUGCCAGUCAGAAAUCCAUCUUAUCUUAGAAGAUGUUAAUGAUAAUCCACCAGUGUUUUCAUCUGACCACUACACUGCUUGUGUUUAUGAAAACACAGCCACUAAAGCUUUAUUAACAAGAGUCCAAGCAACUGAUCCUGAUGUUGGCGUGAACAGAAAAGUCACCUAUUCCCUGUCAGACUCUGCAGAUGGUUACUUCUCAGUUGACCGAUCAUCAGGAAUCAUUAUUUUGGAGCAUCCACUUGAUAGAGAGCUUCAGUCCUCCUAUAACAUCACUGUAAAGGCCUCAGAUCAAAGCAUUGUGCUGACCUUAUCCUCGUUUGCCACCGUUACCAUUACAGUGCUAGACAUUAAUGACAACCCUCCCGUGUUCGAAAGAAGAGAUUAUCUUGUUACAGUACCUGAAGACACCUCACCUGGCACCGAGGUCCUUUCUGUUUUUGCUACAAGCCAAGACAUUGGUACAAAUGCUGAGAUUGCCUAUUUCAUCAGAUCAGGGAAUGAGAAAGGGAAGUUCAGGAUUAACUCAAAAACAGGAGUGAUUUCCAUUAUUGAAGCUUUGGAUUUUGAAUCGUGCAAGGACUUCUACUUAGUGGUGGAGGCGAAGGACGGAGGAACGCCGGCCCUGAGCGCGGUUGCGACGGUGAACGUGAACGUGACGGACGUCAACGACAACGCGCCCACCUUCAGCCAGCCUGUCUACAGCGCCGUCAUCAGCGAGGACGCGGCCGUUGGCGACUCCGUGGUCAUGUUGAUAGCAGAAGAUCUGGACAGUCCUCCCAAUGGUCAGAUUCAUUUUUCCAUAGUGAAUGGAGAUCAAGACAAUGAAUUUUCAGUUGAUCCUGUUUUGGGACUCGUGAAGGUUAAAAAGAAAUUGGAUAGAGAAAGGAUAUCUGGUUAUUCAUUAGUUGUCCAGGCAAGAGACAGUGGUACCCCUCCUUUGUCUUCCUCUGUGACGGUCAAUGUGGACAUUUCUGAUGUGAACGAUAACAGCCCUGUGUUUACUCCAGCUAACUACACAGCUGUAAUUCAAGAAAAUAAACCAGUGGGCACAAGCAUUUUGCAGCUGGUAGUGACAGACAAAGACUCUUUUCACAAUGGCCCCCCUUUUACCUUCACCAUCCUCACUGGCAAUGAAGAGGAGGAGUUUACACUGGACCCUCAUGGCGUUUUGAGGUCUGCAGUCAUCUUCAAGCACAUGGUCUCAACUGAGUAUGUGCUCUGCGUGCAGGCAAAGGACUCUGGGAAGCCUCAGCAGGUUUCCCAUACGUAUGUUCAGGUGAGGGUUAUUGAAGAGAGCAUUCACAAACCGACCGCCAUUCCGCUGGAGAUUUUCAUUGUCACCAUGGAAGACGAUUUUCCGGGGGGAGUCAUUGGGAAAAUCCAUGCCACAGAUCAGGACGUGUACGAUGUCCUCACAUACACGCUAAAAUCAGAGCAGAAAAGUUUGUUCAAGGUCAACAGCCACGAUGGGAAGAUCAUCGCCCUUGGAGGGCUGGAUAACGGCAAGUACGUCCUGAAUGUCUCUGUGAGCGACGGCCGGUUCCAGGUGCCCAUCGAUGUUGUGGUCCACGUCGAGCAGCUGCUGCAAGAAAUGCUGCAGAACACGGUCACCAUCCGCUUCGAGAACGUUUCCCCGGAAGACUUUGUGGGUCUCCACAUGCACGGGUUCAGGCGCACCCUGCGCAACGCGGUGCUCUCCCAGAAGCAGGACAGCCUGCACAUCAUCAGCAUUCAGCCGGUGGCAGGCAGCAGCCAGCUCGACAUGCUGUUUGCCGUUCAGAUGCACAGCGGUGGUUUCUAUAAGCCUGCCUAUUUGAUUCAGAAGCUUACCAAUGCGAGGAGACACUUGGAAAAUGUGAUUCGUAUUUCUGCUAUCUUGGAGAAGAAUUGCUCCGGACUGGAUUGUCAGGAACAACACUGUGAGCAAAGUCUGUCUAUUGAUUCACAUUCCCUGAUGACUUACAGCACAGCACGAAUUAGUUUUGUGUGUCCCCGCUUUUACAGGAAUGUGCGCUGCAUGUGCAAUGGAGCACUCUGCCCAGGGUCCAACGAUCCCUGUCUAGAGAAGCCGUGUCCAGGGGACAUGCAGUGUGUGGGGUACGAAGCCAACCGGAGACCGUUCAUCUGCCAGUGCCCACCAGGAAAGCUUGGCGAGUGUUCAGGCCACACUUCCCUUAGCUUUGCUGGGAAUAGCUACAUUAAAUACCGUGUUUCUGAAAAUAGCAAGAAAGAGGAAUUCAAGUUGGCUCUCCGACUGCGAACCCUGCAAAGCAAUGGGAUUAUAAUGUACACCAGAGCGAAUCCCUGUAUAAUUCUGAAGAUCGUCGAUGGCAAACUCUGGUUUCAGUUGGAUUGCGGAAGUGGCCCAGGAAUCCUGGGAAUUUCUGGAAGGGCCGUUAACGAUGGAAGCUGGCAUUCGGUCUUCCUGGAGCUGAACCGCAAUUUCACCAGCUUGUCCCUGGACGACAGCUACGUGGAGCGCCGCAAAGCCCCCCUCUACUUCCAGACGCUCAGCACAGACAGCUCUGUCUACUUCGGCGCCCAGGUCCAAGUGGAUAACGUCCGCAGCCUGACUGACAAGAGGACAACGCAGGUCCUGAGCGGCUUCCAGGGCUGCCUGGACUCAGUAGUCCUGAACAACAACGAGCUGCCCCUGCAGAACAAGCGCAGCAGCUUCGCAGAAGUGGUUGGCCUGACGGAGUUGAAGCUGGGCUGCGUUCUUUAUCCCGACGCCUGUGAGAGACAUCCCUGCCAGAACGGCGGCACCUGUACUGCCGUGCCAUCUGGUGGGUACCAUUGCAAUUGCCUCUCCCAGUUUACAGGAAGGAAUUGUGAGUCAGAGAUCACAGCCUGCUUCCCAAAUCCUUGCCGGAAUGGAGGCUCAUGUGAUCCCAUCGGCAAUGCAUUCAUCUGCAACUGCAAAAGCGGCUUGACAGGAGUAACGUGUGAAGAAGACAUCAACGAGUGUGAAAGAGAAGAAUGUGAAAAUGGUGGCUCCUGUGUCAACAUCUUUGGUUCAUUUCUUUGUAACUGCACCCCUGGCUACGUGGGUCAAUACUGUGGUCUGCGCCCCGUGGUGGUUCCCAAUAUACAAGCUGGGCAUUCCUACGUUGGCAAGGAGGAGCUGAUAGGAAUAGCCGUGGUGCUGUUUGUCAUAUUUGUGCUAAUCGUUCUUUUCAUCAUUUUUCGCAAGAAAGUUUUCAGGAAGAACUAUUCCCGCAACAACAUCACGCUCGUACAGGAUCCGGCUACUGCAGCCCUGCUCAACAAGAGCAAUGGCAUCCAAUUCAAGAACAUCAGGAACAGUGGAGACAGCAGAAAUAUCUACCAAGAGGUUGGGCCUCCACAGGUGCCGGUGAGGCCAAUGGCCUAUACCCCGUGCUUCCAGAGUGACUCACGGAAUAACCUGGACAAGAUAGUGGAUGGGCUUGGUGUGGAGCACCAGGAGAUGACAACAUUUCAUCCAGAGUCCCCUCGAAUAUUGACAGCCAGGAGGGGGGUGGUGGUGUGCAGUGUAGCUCCAAACCUGCCUGCUGUGUCUCCCUGUCGCUCCGACUGCGACUCCAUCAGGAAGAGCACAUGGGAUGCUGGGACAGAAAGUAAAGGGGUUGAUGACGCUGAAGAAGUCACCUGUUUUUCAGGAAGUAAUAAAGGCAGCAACUCUGAAGUACAGUCCCUCAGCUCCUUCCAGUCUGAUUCCGGCGAUGAUAAUGCUUCCAUAGUGACUGUCAUACAGCUUGUCAACAAUGUAGUUGACACUAUAGAAAAUGAAGUGUCUGUUAUGGAUCAAGGACAGAACUACAACAGAGCGUAUCAUUGGGAUACCUCUGACUGGAUGCCCAGUGCUCGCUUGUCCGACAUUGAGGAAGUGCCCAAUUUUGAGACAACAGAUGGAGGCUCGGCUCAUCACGGCAGCACCAGAGAACUGGAAACAGAUUACUACCUUGGUGGCUACGACAUCGACAGCGACUACCCUCCCCCUCAUGAAGAGGAGUUCUUGAGCCAGGACCAGUUACCACCUCCUCUCCCAGAGGAUUACCCAGACCAGUAUGAAGCCCUCCCACCCUCGCAGCCGGUCUCAAUGGCAAGUACUCUCAGCCCUGACUGCAGGAGACGGCCGCACUUCCACCCGAGCCAAUACCUCCCUCCCCACCAGUUCCCCAAUGAGACGGACACCACAGGAUCUCAGACUGGGAACGAAUUUAGUACUUUUGCUGUUGGCCCAAGCCAGAGCACAGAAAAUGCUAGUGCAGGUAAGGUGCCCUUAUCCUUGCACAACUCUCUCAACGCCUCCUCCUCUGACGUCUCAGCCGGCUGCGGCUUUGAUGACUCCGAAGUAGCCAUGAGUGACUUUGAAAGCGUGGAGGAACUCAGCCUAGAAAAUGUUCACAUUCCAUUUGUGGAGACCCAGCAACAGACACAAGUGUAAAGGAAGCUCCUUUCCUCUUCCUCCUCCUCUUCUUUUUUUUUAAUUUUGUCAUUUGGUCCAAUUAAUAGUAUAAAUAUUGAGAAGAAAUUUUGCUGAAGGUGUGUCUAUAUAUAUAUUGGGCAAAGAAAAGUACAGUAUAACCCAUUAUUAACUUGUUCAGAAAUGAUACUGUAUGUGCAGACACGAAGAGACCAAUUGUGUUAAGUAUUAUACAUCACAAAAUUGUUACAGACAAUCUGGAGAGAGUGUACCUUCUAUUUAUUACCAAGAGUAAAACUCAGCUUUUGAGGCAGGGGGAAGAAUAACUGCUAAAUAAUUUCUUUCUCUCUCACAAAGUUGGGUUGUUUUGGUUGGUUUUUUUUGGCAUUGUGUUAUUAAAAGUGUUACAGUGUUAUGAUCUCCCCACAGUAUUAAGGAAUGGGUAUGGAUCAUUCUAGAAUGCACUGUUGCAUGAAAUUUUAUGUCAGCAAAGAGUGAAAGCAAUUGAUUGCUGGUGCUGCUGGAAACAACAUGUCAGAUGGCUAAAAAAAGCAACAUUUCCGAAUUGACCUAUCAAAGACAAGUGACCAGUUAUUUGUCCAUAAAUAUUUAUCUAUACUUUUGUUCAUUGCAUGGCAUGUCAUUCUACUUUGUGUAGAGUAACACACAUACAUACAGUUUGUAUUUACUCUAAAUUGGCUUACAUUACUUGUCAUUUUUAAAAACCUGAUGUCAGGUGCACAUGCAUAGCUUUGCCCAUGAGAACUUCCCGAAAUGUCAGAGUUGGCUCAGGAGUGGCCUGGUUUUGCCCCAGCUGUGUAUGCACAGCAUCUGUUAAUGUGUAUGCAAUGUGAACAUGGAUCUGAAAACUUGAGGUAGCCUACACAGCUGAUCAUGGAAAUUUCCUGCUAUGGCAAUCAGUUCUUUACCAGCAGUCCUCAUGCUGCAGUUUCUGCAGUGAAAUUAGUUGCAAUUAAGUUACGUAUAAGGCAGCUGUAACCUCACAUUGUUAGUUUAACAUCUUUUGGCAAAUCCCUAGAGUUCACAGGAUGAGUUCUCAGCUGCUGUAGACUGACUCAGUCGGUGGAGCUGCAUGAGUGGACUGUGGCCAAUGAUCCGUCACCAGAUUUUCCACUGGGUGCAUGAUUUUGUAGGAUUUGAGUACAUCCAAAGGUUGUUUGCAGACUUCAUAAUAUUGUUGUGGAAUCAAGAAAACCAGGACAUCUGUAUGCUUUUAUGCUUCCCUCAGCCUGAUUGGAGUAAAUGGUCAUUCACACUGAUUUGGUCAGAGUAGUCAAGUGCAACCUGGAAAUAUUGGAUUUUCACUCAAUGUAUUAAAGCAGAGUAUACACACCUGUUGCUUGGUGCUCUGGAAAUGUUUUUACCCCACUGCAUUUUUCAGCGUCUGUGUACCUUACCAGUGAAUGUGAGUCUACAAGCCUGCAUUACUGUUGGGUUUUCAACCAUUUCUUCCAUGGCAUAAUUCUGUCAUUCUGAAAAGCUAUUGAAUACCCAAAUCCUUUUGAUAAAUGAACAGAUUCAUUAGCAGGUCUUCUGUGCUGCUUUCCUUGUCCUGUCCCUUGGUUAAUCACCUUAACUGGAUAGUUUCAGCAGUUGUAUGCCAGGGCAUGUUCUUGACUGACAUGAGUUUCACACAAAGUUUAAUUGUGGGCUAUUUCUUGACACACAGAAAGGGUUUAUUCAGAAAUUUUCCCCAACACAAAGAAAUUACUAGUAGAAUGUAAUUUAAAUAAUUGCAGCUUGUAACACUUUUAAUAAAACAGGAUUUCUAGAAUUCUUGGACUAGGUACAGUGUGUUGCUGCUUCCUUCCAAUAGUUCGUUUAGCUGUGAAAGAUUGGUGUGGAUAUUUUUCUUUGGGAUGAUGCAGCAAUUCUUGAGUAGAAAACAGCUCAUUAUGCAGGUAUAUGAAUAAACUGAGUGAACUUCUGGAAAAAAUGUACUGCACAUACAAGUAUUAUCAAGUACUUGUCUGCAAAUAGGUCCUGUCCAUUGAAUUUAUGAAUGUCACUUGGUCUUCUCAAAGUAAACAUGCUUCUGUAACAGUGAUAUAUUCUGAAUGUGCUCAUGGUACGUUUCAAACCCUUUCCCCUGAUAUGAUUCCUGUGUUUUUGAGAAGAAAAAAAUGCGGAAAUUUGUAUUGUGAUUGCAAGGAACUGAGGCAUUUGCCAGAAGGCCAUAAAAUAGUUUGGCAAGCCUAGAGGCAUGGAUAGAGGAUAACUCGUAUUGUUCAUGAAGUCUGUGUUACAGAAAAGGAAAUGCAAUUAGAUUGAUGUCUCUUCAAGAGUUAGGAGCAUCAGAGCUGGCAAAGCAAUUCUGCAAAUUUAGCUGCACUUUUUAAAAGCUUGUAUGACCUUCUGAGAAUGUGAUGCUCUCUUAGCAUCAGGCUGCAGUUUACAUGAGGUUUGCUCCUACUCAGUUUUGGUUUGAGACAUUUUUAUCCAUUAUGCAAGUAAUUCUGUUCAAGCCCCCAGAUAGUUAUUAGGUGUACUUGUCACCUGUCUUCUGUAGUGAAAGUUCUUGCGUAAGCGUGAGACACCAGUAUCAAACCUUUACUGGAACAUAUCAAAAGUGUCAUGAGGGACAGCACGAGGGGUGCCUAGUGAUUGCCAUACAAAAAACAACAAAAAAAAAUCAAUGUUUCUUACCAAGCUUGUUGCCUCAGUAAUAUAUUGUUGGUAGUGAGUUUUAUUAGUAAAAUAUGCAUAACGACAAUGUAUAGUAUUUUUUCUGUUUGAUGUUGUUGCCAUUUCAUUUCACUGAACACCUACUUAUUAAAGUGCUGUUGGGAAGGUGCCAAGGAUCACCUGUUCAGCCUUCUCUGUCCUAUUCAUGAUUUCUAUACCUCAAUAUGUCCUCCCCUCCAAAUCCAUCUUCAGGUUCCCCUCUGUGAAUAUUGGUAGUUCUGUGGCCUUUCUGGUUUUGUUCAGGCUCUUUUCGAUAAUGGUAAGACCCAAAUGCAGAUGUAAAGGUGAAGUAGCUCUUAGGGAGUAAGAUUUUCAUGUUGACAUCUCUUGUUAAACCAAGCCAUUUUAUUUUCUUUUUAAUUACUACUCCACACAAACAAGUCAAAAUCUUCUAAUCUGGAACAUAGGAACACAUCCAUAAUGUAAUGUAAGAAUUACUGUUCAUAUUAGCAUUUCCAAUAUAUGUUUCCUUUUUCUGCCAUAUGAUGAUUUUUGUAGCACUGCAGCUGUCAGGUCCCUGGUUCUGCAAGAGCUACCCUGCACAUCUCUGCCUAUCCUGUCUGUCUGUAUUUCAAACUGCAUUCCUGUAGAUGGCUCCACUACACGACAUUUUCUCUCAGAAUAAUCUGUAGCAGAUGAUUUCAUAGGCUUAAUGAAGUACUUUUAAGUAUCAUUGGCUUAUAACUUAGGAUCAAGAAAGUUUUUGCUUUUUGGAAAGAAGCAGCAAGAGAAAAAAACAACUUGUUAAAAUACAAACACACAUUUAUAUCAAAAAUCAUGAACUUUGCCAGGGAUGUAUGAGUCUAAGUAAAAGGGUGCUUGUUCUCUGCAUUUUGAUCUCACAAGUUGAGAGUGUCGUGUGCAGUGCUGGCCUUUUUAAUAAAGCUGGCAAUGGAAAGACCCUUACAGUGACUGCAACAUGAUUUAUUCUGCCAAUACCACAUUAGGUGGCCCUGUGUAAAACAAAAAAUUAGGCUUAUGUACCAUUCUUAAGUAUGUGAAUUACUUUGUAUUAUAAAUAUUUUUUAAAAAGCGGGGGGGUGAAACCCCCCACAAAACUAUAGAUACUGAAUGUACUUGCUGUCCUUGACCAGUAUCUUGAAGUGGAAUAAAGGGCCAAAUCUGACACCAUGGAGAUGUACAAUCACUUUCCUCUCAUGGGAGAAAAUGGACAACCCCACUAGAAGACCUACAUAAAGUUGCCUUCCUCUAGGAUCCUCUUAUAGGAUACAGCCUAUUAGGCAACCAGGAGAACUUUGGAAUGCAGAGAUUGGCUACAGAACUGUGACUUCCUGUCAAUAGAGUUCUCCUUAAGCUCAGUAAUGUCUUUGAUCCCAAACUAUCCUAGGGGUUUCUUUAACAUAUAAUUCCAGAGAAAGGCUGGAAGGAGUCAAAGGCUUCUCACUGCCACUGUUUUCCUGAACCUGAAAGUUGUGUGCACCAUCUGUCAAGUAUGGUCUCCACCUCUGCACGUCUCACAAAGAAUUUAAAUUAUGGUCUUCAGAAUUUUUUCUCCCAUUCUCUAAAUUCGAUAGUGUAGUCUGAAGCAGUGAGAGCCUUGAUGUAUCAGUACCCUCUCUAGUCAGAAACUCAGUGUGUCUGUAGCACAGUGAAUAAAAGCAUGUCGUGAAAUGCUGAUCAAUGGGGAGGCAGCAGCUGUUGUCUCUGUGAGCCAGGCAGAGACAUUUUGAGAACAUGACAUAAAAGUUGUUGCUCUGGUCUCCUAUAAAUUCCAUCAUAAAGGAAAACAUGCUGAACAGGACAAAUGGCUGAGACCACACUUUACUCCUCAUCGAAAAAGCUAAAUGGAUGCUAUAGUAAGUAUAUCCUUACAGUCAAUAACUGCAGUCAUGGGAGAGGGAGGUGAAGGUGCCCUGGACCAGUUCUGCUAAGCUUCAUUUGAAAAGAAAGCAUCCUUAAUAAUGGAGGAAGCCAGCUCUUCAGAACCAGUAUGAAAGUACAUUUGUGCUUUGUAGAUAAUGUUUGGAGCUAUUCACGUAGUAAUAAUGGGCAUUUCAUUGGUUUCCAACAAGAGAGUUACAUCUUCAACUUCAUUCCCUGAUGAUUUACAUCAUUUACCAUGUGGUAAAAACUGUGCUUUUUGCCUGUUUGCAUCUCUGCUCCUCUCAAUGCACCAAAAUGUGAUUUGAGCCUUAGAAAUUUAGACCAUUGCCCAUUACCCAUGGUUUUUAGCCUGAGAUUGUGAACUUGACAUUUAACGUCUCCAUUAUCAGAAGGGCCAUCCAGUUAGUAAAUUAGCUGCAUCAUCCAAGGGACGAGCAGAUGGGGAGGAAAUGAAAAUAAAUUUGUUUCUUUAUGUAAUAAUGAAAAGCAAUAAUUGCAAAUAUGUCGUAUUACACAAAGGCCAUAAGUAAUCUUUACCAGUGUUAAGAGUGCACUUGAACUGUAUUAUGGAAAGAGAUUGGAGCCCUCAGAACUGUAGUAUUCUUUUGUCAUAGGAAUACCUGAAACACUAUUAAUCAGCAAUGCAAUGAGCCCAUACUGCCGAUUUUCAGGAGAUGACAAAGAUGUUUAGGAGUGAAAGCAGUUCUCUUUAAAGCACUGUAUUGGAAAAGAUUGUCUUGUAAAUUUUACCUGUCUCAAGCAGGCUGGUUUGUAAAAGAUGUAUGUUUUGGUGUUAAAAAAGAAGUUUAUAAAAUAAUGUAUAUAAUGGUUUCAAAUUACCAGGCUUUUGUAGAUAUUUGAUGCCAAUCAGGUUGCUUUAAUUUUUUUGUUUGUUUGUUUGUUUGUUUGAUUGAUAUAAUUCUAAAGAGUCAUCAAACUUGGUUUAAGCUUCUAAGAUAACAGGAAAAAAAAUUUAGAUCUGAAAACUUUUUAAUCAUUUCAAAAUGUACUGUAAUUUUCCUUUGGUUCAGCUCUUUUUGUUUAACUUCUUUCUGGUUUUAAGAAGAUUUUUUUAUUGACUUUUUUAAAUGAAUGUGUUUUGCACAAAAAACCUAGAGGUAUGAUUUUUAUUCCAUUUCAAGUAGGUAUUAAGAAAUGUCAUUUUUCCAAUGACAACAAAGUCAACCUUAUGCAAAAGGGAAGGUUUAUCACUUUGAGUGGGUAUAGUUCUUCAUCUGAAAACUAAUUGUUCCUUCAUAAUUGCUGUUGGCAGUAUUGUCUUGUGUUCUUUUGCUAUAAAAACAAAACAAAAAAAAAGUGUACAGGUUUGUAACUGCCAAAAUUUGCUAAAGUUGAUGGUUAAAAUAAGUUUUCCAAGUAAACAAAAAGAAAAGCCCA